UGCUGUAGUCGGCAUCGAUGUGAUCUGCGUUCGCUGGUGGAUGCCUGUGUGGUGUCGGCUCUGUUUGCGCCAAUCAUGGGGAUCAAGGUUCAGCGUCCUCGUUGUUUCUUUGACAUAUCAAUCAACAAUGUUACAGUUGGAAGAGUCGUCUUCGAGCUGUUUACAGAUACUUGUCCAAAAACCUGUGAAAAUUUCCGAUGUCUCUGUACAGGUGAGAAGGGUAUUGGGAAAACCACACAGAAGCCAUUGCAUUACAAAAACUGCUUGUUUCACCGAGUGGUGAAGGAUUUCAUGGUUCAGGGAGGAGACUUUAGUGAAGGAAAUGGAAGAGGAGGAGAAUCGAUAUAUGGAGGAUUUUUCGAAGAUGAGAAUUUCUCUGUUCAACACAACAAGGAAUUCCUCCUGUCCAUGGCCAACCGGGGCAAGGACACCAAUGGCUCUCAGUUUUUUAUAACAACAAAGCAGACGCCUCACUUGGAUGGGCUCCAUGUUGUCUUCGGUCAAGUGCUGUCCGGUCAAGAAGUGGUAAGAGAGAUUGAAAAUCAGAAAACCGAUGCUUCUAGCAAGCCGAGUGCAGAAGUCAGAAUACAGAACUGUGGGGAACUUGUUCAAGUUCAGAAAUCGAAGUCUAAGAAAGAGAAGAAGAGGCAUAAAUCUUCUUCCUCCAGUGACACAGAAGAUUCAAGUGAUUCAGACUCCUCUUCUGGUUCAUCAGACUCUGAAGAGGAGGGAAAAUCAAAAAAGAAGAAAAAGAAACACAAGAAAACUUCCAAGAAACAGAAAAAGGAGAAAAAGAAGCACAAAAAGAACAAGAAGAGUUCUGAGAGUGAACAUGAAGAUGAAGUUCAAGUCACAUCCACUGUACGUCCAGAAGAGAUCCCCACUGUGCCAGAGAACAAGUUUUUAAUGAGGAGGAGUCCACAGAGAGUUGAUGAGCAAGACGGAAGAGGCAAUGACAGAGAACGAGACAGAGACGGGCAAGUGGUCAAUUCCCUUUACCAGAGGAGACUUCUAGUAACCAGGUCUGGAAGAAAAAUAAAAGGAAGAGGCCCCAGACGCUACCGCACACCAUCAAGGUCUAGAUCUAGAGAUCGAUUCAGAAGAAGUGAGACUCCCCCACACUGGAGGCAAGAGAUGCAGAGAACACAGAGGAUGAGAUAUUCUAGUGGAGAACGCUGGAUCAAGGGAGACAAAAGUGAAAUGAAUGAACCAGACAAUCAAAAAAGUCCAGUACGAGGAAGGGAGAGGAAACAGUCUGACCAAAGAGCUCCGUCCGAGAGUCCAAGUACAACAGCAGAUCAUGGGAAGAAAAGCAAAGAUCAUAAAUCAAGCAGCAAGGAAAGGGAGUCUAAAAAACUUGCCGAAAAGGAGGAGAAAUCUUGGAGCGGAAAAAGGACAAAAUCAGACAGCCGGAGUGAAAGUAAAGAUGACACUAAGGGCAAGAGGGAUACUAAGCACAGCAAACGCGGUAAGACCAGGUCAAGAAGCAAGGAAAAAGGACAUGAACGAGAAAAAGAAAGAAACUUGGACAACAAAGUUAAGGACAAAGAGAGAAGCAGAAGUAAGGAGAAGGCAAAGCACAGCAAGUCAAAAAAUGAAGAACGUGGUAAAAGCAAGGAAAGAAGAAAGAGUAAAGAUAGGCAUGAAAAAGCAAGGAGCAUGGAACGCGAAACUGUGAAUACAAAACGUAGAUCUAACAGCACCGCUAAAGAGAGAAGCAAAAGCAAAGAAAACACCAGAAGCGCUCAGUCAAGAAGCCGGGACAGCAACCAAGCCAGAAGUCGGGAUCGUGCAAAAAGCAAAGAGAAAGAAUCCAAGGGACGGGGUCGGUCCAGAAGCAGAGAUCGAAAAAGGACCCCAGACAGGUCCAGAAGCAAAAGAAGUAGGAGCCUGGAUGGCUCCAGAUCUUCCGAUCGCGAGACCAGUCAGAGCAAAAACAAGGACUCGGCAAAGAAAGAUGGGAAAAAAGGCUCUCCAAAAAAGUCCCCAGAGCGUGAAGGCCACAAAAAAAAAUUGUCCCGGAGCAGCAGUCCAGACAGUAAACGAACCAGAAAAUCUAGCCGAAAUCAUACGAGUCCGGACUCCAACACAGUGCAUAGCACUUCCAAAGGGGACCGAUCAUCCCAUGGGAGAAGUGGAGAGGAAAAAUCUAGGAGAUAUUCGCAUGAUAAGGAAAAUGGUAAAAGAUCACGAAGUCGUGAGAGACGUAUAUCCCGUUCAAAGGAACAAAGAUUAAAUAGUCAGUCCAGUCCCAACAGUGUUGACAAUAAAACCGAGUAAUACAUUCUAGUUAGACUUGUAUUUUGGGACUUGUUUUUUUUUUUGAUCCUCAGCCUGGAUCAUUUGUAUUGCUCAUAUUUUAAUAAACUUUCAAUGAAAGAAUCUUAGGUGUACAACAUUGUCAACAGUUUUGGGGGGAUUUUUGAAUGGUUGAGGGUUUUUCUCUUUCUGUAGUUUUAAUUGGUUGAAAAGUUUAGAUUUUUUUUUUUUUCCAUUUGGCUCUCCAGAAAAAUGCACUUUUUCAUGCUUUGCUAAAAUGCUGUGCUUUGGCUUAUGUUAUGGCACAUUUCUAAUGGCGCCCACACCAUACCUGUAAGACUAUCUGUACUUAACAUAUUAG